AUUUCGCCUAACACUAGAUGGCGUCACAGUCGACGAUAACAAAAUGUCGGCUAUAAUAAUUUAACGAAGUGACUAUCUAUACUCCCUGAUUUAACAGUACAUUACAAUUACACGAAAAUCUGAACUGACUUUUGUUAACCAGUACAAUCCGGAGUAGCCAGCGAUGUCAGGAAAUAAAAGAUUAGAAGAAGUGAAGUCACUUGUUUCAGCUCAUCCCGAUUUUCCCAAAAAAGGAGUAUUAUUUAGAAAUAUUUUUCCAGUUUUGAGAGAUGUUCAUGGUUUUAAGACAUUAUGUGAUCUUAUUGUUGAACAUAUCAAAUCAACCAGUCCUGAUGUAGAAUUAAUAGUGGGAUUGGAUUCAAGAGGAUUUCUGUUUGGACCAAUCAUUGCUCAGCUACUAGGAAUUGGUUUUGCUCCAGUAAGAAAAAGUGGAAAAUUACCAGGUGAAACAUAUAAAGUCAGCUAUAAACUUGAAUAUGGAGAAGAUAGUUUUGAAAUUGAAAAGAGCAGUAUCAAACAGGACCAAAAAAUAUUAAUCAUAGAUGAUCUCAUAGCAACUGGUGGAAGUAUGAAGGCUGCAUGUGAAUUAGUAGAAAAGGCUGGUGGAAAUAUUUUACAGUGUUUUGUUGUUAUUGAAUUAAAUUGUCUGAAUGGUAGAGAUAAAGUGAACAAACCAGUUCAUUCCUUAUUAACUUACUGACUUGUCUUAACAACGAAUACAGUAUUUUAUGCAAAUGAAUUUGAUAAGCAAUAACAAAGAAUAUAUUUUAACCCUCAAAAUAUUUACUUGUGUUAUGUGUAUCUAACAUAGUAAGUGUUCAAAAUCAAGGUAUGAUUGUGGCUCAUAAAGGUUUCUGUUCCAAGAUAACUCAAAUGAAAUUUUAAUUGAGUAAAAAGAGCAUUUUCUUUGCCCCUUAUGCCAAAGUACAAGAUUCACAAGGAUCCAGUGUAUGACAUAAUACAGAGAAUAUGCGUUGACCACAGCCCCAUACUAACCAUUUAGUCAGUUUCCAGAUUGGAUCAAACAUUUGGUAUCAAAAACCGGUACUGACUUUGAUGAAAUAAAUAUCUGUUGAGGAAGCUUUCAGAGCAAACCAUUUUAGUGGACACCUCAAGAUGCAUUUCAUAUUUUAUUAACGAGGACACUUACACAUACAGUAUCAUACAUAACUUAUUUUUUAAUGAUAACCGGUUUCCCUCAGAAAUUUAGGCUGAAAAUUUUAUGGCAUUUUUGAUUC